GCAAGAGAAUCAGAUCGACAAUCCGAAUCACGGUUGCCGACCUUUCGAUACUUGUGGCGUGUUAGCACGUCCUAUUUUUAUAGACGUUUGAAAAGCAGUGUUGAUGAUCCGCGCAAAGCAGAGGGCACGCCCCAUUUGUCUGUCCUCUGGUUCGCAAGCAGAGGCCGAAGCCAGACAGACUCUGGCCAUUUCUUGCCGCACCAAUUCGCUAUGUUUGGGGUACCUACCUAAGCAGGCGGCUCCAUUCCCGCGAGUGGAUUCUCUUGUUCGAGCCGGCGCUGGAAAGGCUGGCUGGCUGGCUCGCUGGCUGGUAAAACCCUCUAGAGUUAAGGUAGCUAAGGCACUGACUGUACCGAGUAGGCACGGUCCUUUGCAUCGUAGUCAGUCCAAGACAGGAAGUGCGCGGCCGAACCGCGGGCCAACCGUUCGGAGCCAAUCUGGGACACAUGGGGCCUUCAGUCGCUACCAAAGUCGGCUACCCUGUCGAGGCGGCCGGGCCGGGCCAGGGCGAGCAUGCUGCUGUGGCUUUCUUUUCUUCUCUUUUCGUCUUAUCUUUUUUCCCCGUCGGCCCUGCACAGCGCACCCCCCCUCGUCUCGUCUCAAAGUCUCUCAAUCCGCGACAUUCAUCCGAUUUCGAGCAAGCCCACACCCUAGGGCUCAGUGUGUUUGCCCUCAUGGCUGUUUCCUAUCUCGUCCUGUCCGGUCCUGUCAUGUACUGUCCUGUCCUGUCUGUCAUGGGCCCCUGGGAGCGCCCGCACCCGCGCCCGCGCCCCGGCUCGCUGUGCUCAAUGUGCAGUGGUGUGCAGUGUGCCCGGCGGGCGAGCGUGCUCCAGCAGCGUGCAGCGUGCUGAGCUGUCCAAUAUGAGGGGGCCCAGUGUAACGUUAGGUAGGAAUGGCGCGCUUCGGGGCAGAAGCAGUGGCAGCAUAAAAAAAGGCAGAGGGCGGGCAAGCCCUUGUCGAUCCCUCCGGGUCGCCGCAAACUGCAGCUCCCAACUCGCCGGUAACCAUGCCAUCUGGUGCAAUGCACGGACGUGCUACUCGGGAGAGGGGGGGGGGAGGGGGCCAGUUUGGGAGGACUCGGGGCGAAUGAGAACUCGGC